GCUCAGGUAAAAAUCUAUAUCAAUUGAUGUUCAAGACUCAACUUUUAAUCUCGCUCGCCAGUCUCAUUCCAAUCUACACACCUUCCACAGCCGGGUCAAACUAUCUAGAAUGUCGAUUGCGCCUAAGUAAUGCGAUUAGCGGGAAUUGUACUCCGAGAUGUGAAAUCAAAACAUUUCGCCCUUCAGCCUCGAUUUCCACUUCCGUUUCAACAUGCUCGGCGAAAUAGGCGAGAUACUUGGCUAUCUGCUGGGAAGGUAGGAGAAGAUGUCCAGCGUUACUUUUCGACGACGCUCUUGAAUGAUUCGGAAAAUCCUGUCGACGUGCUUCUAUCAGAACUAUCCGACAGCCACCGGCUCAGGCAGAGAGUACAGAGGGCACUUGCGCAACCGAACUUUGACCAGUUGGUUCAAAAAACUGGACUGUUCAGAAAAUGGGCAGCGUUAUUGACGGACCCCGUCCGCCUCGCUAUCGAGUCUGACUUCCUCCGGCAUGGUCCAGCAAAAACAUGGCCAAAGCGGCUACUGGUCGACACAUUCAAGCACCGUGGCGACCUCGCUUUAUGGAGCUGUCUUUUGAAUUACCAGAAGAGAGUCAACGGCGAUUCCGGUGUUAGACAUAUUUGGAAAGCCCUUUGGGGUCGAAAGACACUGUAUGAUGUCCAGAGCCCGCUCGCGCCUAUAUUCUGGCAAACAAUCCUGGAUGCUGCAGUGAGGUCGGAUGAUGUAAAAUUCCUAGAGUACGUAUGGAUCUAUAGCGAAUGGAUGUACGAUUUGCAUGGCGUCAGGUGGCCUCAACUCUACUCGACCGUGCUAUCGCAUUUUCUACGAACACGUCAACACCAGCAGGCCCUGCAAUGGCAAUUAAGACUUACCCCGAAUUUUUAUCCCGGUGUAGACGAGUUCGCACGCAUAGUGAAGCGAUUCGCGGACGAUCAGGAACUUUACCAUCCUCCUACACUCGAAUCACUUUACAUCGUAAAUUCUGACCAUCAGCUGUACGAUACUCUCAUACCGUAUCUGUAUAACUUGGGUGCUUCCCAAUUGGCGGCGAAGUGGCGGCGAAUUUGUAUUCGACACGACGAUAUACCAUCGGCUCAUGUACCUGUUCGACCUUUCCUAAGAUUCCUGCAGGGGUAUUUCCCACACGAAUCGCUCCACCCUAGUGAAUCUGUUAUCUUCAACCGCAAUAUCGAAACCACAGAAGACGCCGAGCACGUAGAACUCUCCCGAGAAUUUAUCAAUCGUGUCCACGGUGGUACCUUUGGCAUUAGUGUCAAGAACUACAACGACAAUCUAGGAGCCAAGUGGCUAGCUAGCUCCUGGAUCAGUUUAAAUAUAGCCAUAUCGACAAUCGCAGCUCUAGGUAUUGAACAUAUUGGCCCGUUGUCGUUGCAAUCUAUUGCCCUAAGAGAAGGAACGUCAAAGGGCGUGUUGAGCCGCAUUGAACAGCUAAAGGAGCAGGGUAUCACAGUUGUCGAUUCAAGCUAUCUUAGACUUGUGCUCUAUUUAGCUAGGAUGAGAGACGAUCAGCUUUUACUCGAUCUCUUAAACUGCGAUCUUCACCCAGAUGUGUUCGAUGAUCAUGAACUCCAAGCACAGCUCAUUGCCUCCACAGCCACUUCAGGAGAUUGGCAGACUCAUCGGCUUGUACUAGUUUCGAGGCUAGUUGCAAUGAAAGAAUUCAGUCGAGAGGCAGCCAAUGCACUCGCCCGCGUAUAUGUAUUACGAAGAGAUCGGCUAGGACUCUCUACGCUACUUACCAACAUGAAGAGCAUGGAAAUUGUGGUCAAUCAAGAUGUGACUAGUCUCAUAUUCGACAAUCUCGUUACCGAAGCCAAGUCUACCUACCUAUCUGAGGAUUCCCUCUACUUCUAUCUCCCUAUUUGUCGGCAGCUUGCAUCCAUGGAAAUCCCCGCGCCUGUUCGCUGUUGGAGGAAGAUCUUGUUUUGUCUCACUCGACAAUCAAGAUUAGAUGACUUGGAAAAGGUCUGCGUCGAAUUAGUGAAUCUAUUCACCUCUCCACAAACAUCCCGUCCUGGUUUUACCCCUGUUCACCUAGAAAAUAUACCGGAGCCCAUGAAAAAACCACUAUCCGGUGUCAAGAACCUCCUAGGCGUUUACGUUCCCGUAGACCUACCCACACAGGCACCGCUUCAUCCAUUACACCAGAUAUUCGAAAGAAAAUUACUCAGGACUAUUGUGCGUUACUCGUUCUACACUUUCUCGGAUCAACAGGGCGAAUCAGUCCCAGACUGGCAAAUACGUCGCUGCCAGCCCGGAGGAUUCAACGGUGGCCGGGUUAUUAGGUUACUACGGAUCCUUUGUGAUCAAGGCUUAUUCAUUCAAAAGAAGCGUCUGGUCACUGCGGUUAAGUUACGUCUCAUCACUUUAUACGGUCCUGGUUACCCGGCGAAGAAAAGCCACCAGCUUGCCAGAGCCAGAAAUACUCUAACUCUAUCGCAAAUGAAGUCCCUCUUGGACGAAGCAUGGGGGGAAGAGUUUCUCCCGCCGAUCGAAAUCCUACAAGCGGAGAUUGAGACCCGCGGCCGCAAGGAGAUGUUAAAGAAUAUGAAAUACAUACGUAGUAUCGGAAAGACGAUACCGCGGCUUGAUAUCGUUUUAUGAUUUUAGUAAACUAAGCAUACUGCGUAUAUCUAGGUACCUAGUAUAUAUCCACUGGUUCACAUGAAGUAUAGAUUUUGGUGCAUGUGCUUGUAAAAGAUAUAAU